AUGGGCCAUCAAUUGCUCUUUCUCGUGCUAGUUGUGACUUAUGCGGCUACCGCCGCAACCCAAACUCCGCCACACGCGUCGAGUUCGAACCCCACGGUGUCCAUGGGGGAAGGGUUCCGGUCUCCCACUGUAUCCUACUCAUCGGGUAGAGAUGCCAUCUGCGUUGCCGGCUUGAUCCCCGUCCCUGUUGUCGCUACCAACAUCAGGCAGUUGCUCUCGGCGCCGACAGAUCAACCCAGCACGACCGAGUUCAUCCAAGAGCUGCUCCAAGCCGGCUCCACCCUUGUGCAAAGAUCCAAUGGAGGCAGUUUUACAGUCGCGGACACUUUUCGCAUUAGCGCGCGACUGUGCUACCCUUCAAACCUGACUUCCGCUGCAAAAGUUCAGACAAUUCAGCUACUCACUCAUGGUGUCGGCCUAGAUCAGUCAUACUGGGACAUUGCGCCCGGCUUCAGCUACGUCGAUGCAUCUGCGCGGGCGGGCUACGCGACUCUUUCCUACGACCGUCUCGGGGUCGGGCAGUCGGACCAUCCGGACCCGGUCCAGGUCGUGCAGGCUUUUACCGACGUGGAGAUCGAGCAUGGACUGGUACAGAUCCUCCGGAUGGGCGGACUGGCUAAGAAAGCGUUCAGAAAUGUCCUAGGAGUGGGCCACUCAUUCGGUUCUAUCGUCAAGAUAGGCACGACAGCGAAAUAUCCAGAGGACUUUGAUGCCGUCAUCCUGACCGGUUUCGCCAACGCGCUGCAAAACCUUCCGUAUACCAUCCUAGCCAACAACCCCUCUCUGGCAAGACUGAACCAUCCGGCCCGGUUUGGCACUCUGCCAAACGGAUACCUCGUGCAUGCAACGCCCACAGCGAUCCAGCUUCCUUUUUUCCGAUAUCCAUUCUUCGACCAACGAGUCUUCGACUCCCAAGUCUCCCGCAAACAAACCUACGCAGUUGGCCAACUCCUCACCCUCCCCGCCAUCCUUGGCCCAUCCCGCUUCUACACUAACCCCCUCUUCGUCCUCAUCGGCCGGAAUGACUUCCCCUUCUGCCUCGGCGACUGCACCAUCCCAAACGACCUUGCCGCCGCGGUCCAACCAGCUCUGUACCCUGCCGCCGACGUGGCGAGAUCAGGGAGCUUCAUCGUGGAAAACUAUAUCUUAUUUCAGGUGCUAAUGGCCACUAUCAGCACACCACGCACCCAGUCACCCACACCACAGCGUGUUCAAUCCCCGACGAUCACCUUUUCACCAUCUAGUACUCCGUCUUCUUCAGUACGUCCUUCCGUCGACAUUCCGCGACUUGAUACGCGGUCGACGUCUCCUGCGCCUGCCAAUGCAUCUCAGCGCCGGAACAGAGCAGCGCUGCGGGACUAUUACAACCUGAAGUCCAGAGCCCCCCCUCCUCAACAGAACCUGUCUAGAGCGGCAUCCAUUACUAGCGCAACAAGCAAUGGCACUGCGUCCACUCUUGCCGCACUCGAAGACUAUCCACUAUCCCCGACUUUCAGGUCGCAGCUAGAUGAAGAAAAUUUUGAUGCCGAAACCUAUGUCCAAGAACUGCUGAAGUCCUCAAACCUCAGAACGGUGCUUAAAGCAGAAGGAUCACUGGUGUCAGAGAUUAAGAAUCUCGAUGGCGAACGGAAAGCUCUUGUCUAUGAUAACUACAGCAAGCUAAUCACAGCUACUCAAACCAUCGGCACAAUGCGGAGAAGCAUGGACGAGGCCGGAGGGGGAAGUCUUCAAACUACUAGCAUGCUGGGGCCAGCAGUCGAUGCCGUGGCUAAAUCCGUUGCAGAGUUGAGCAGAGGAAUUGGUGGCAGGGAUGUCAGCCAAGAACGAGAACGAAAGGCUGCUGUGAGGGAAGAGAGAUCCAAGCGCGAGACAGUGAGAUGGGUGCUUGGCACGCCUGCCAGGUUGCGGGCCAGUUUGGAGGUGGGAGAUCGAGGCGCAGCAGAAGCUGACUGGAAAGAGGUGCAGGGACUUCUCGGAAAAUGGAAAGACGUUCGAGGAUCGGCUGAGCUGAAGGCAGCUUGUGAAGAGGUCAUGUCGCCAACACUACCAGAUGGGGAUUCAGCUGGUUGA